AUGAUGCCUCCGGGCCCUCCCCCAUUUUCGACGGCACCGCGUGGUCCUCCAUCUCAACCUUUUCCACAAGGUGCCUCUGGUACGUCAAUCUUUAAUUACUUUUAUUUGAAUUUAGGUCCGUAUCCUCCACAGUUUUCUCAGAAGGGGCCAACUCCCGGUGGUGAUCAUUUAAUGCAGAAUGGUUUUCAUCCUCCGGCUCCGCAGAAUAGUAUGCCCCAAUUCCCGGCGGCUCCUUUCCCUCAACCUCAAGCUGCCGGUCCUCCAAUCCCUCAAGUUCCACCACAAAAGCCAAUUGUGCCGCCUGGACCUCCAGGAUUUAAUUCUAUGCCUGCUGGACCACCAAUGGCUCGACAACCUUCCGCGCCUGGACCUGGCUCAUUUCAGCCACCAGGACCUCCAGGGUUACCUCCGCAGCCCCAAUUUGCGCCUGUUCCUCAAUCUUCCCAAGGGCAGUUUCAGCCUCUUCCCGGGCAAAAUCAGCCACAACCAGGCCCAGGGCAAUUCCAACCACAGCCUGGUCCAGGUCAAUUUCAGCAGCCUCAGUCGUUUCCUGGCCAAUUUCAGCAACAAAAUCAAUUUCAAAAUACUCCUCAACCAGGAUAUGGUCAACAAAAUCAAAGCCUCCAACCGGGAUUUGGGCCAGGAAUGUAUGGUAAUAUUCCUCAGCAAGAGAGGCGAUAUAUUGAUUUGAUGUUUGAAAGGAAUAUCCUUGGAUUCCCUUUCGAAGAGAACCAAAUGACGUUACCAGAAAGUGUGUGUAGUCCACAUGUCAAGGUAGAUCCAAGGUAAGUUGAAAUUAAUUUUGAGAUUGUGUUGAAGUUUAGAUUGAUGUUUUAUGAAUAUUAUUGCAGAGUAUUCCGAUGUACGGUGUCUUCGAUCCCAGAAACGCAAGAAAUCUUGAAGAAGACCCGAAUUCCUCUUGGCCUGACAUUACAUCCAUUCCGAGACAUGAAGAACCUUACUGUGAUCAACACGAAUAUAGUGCGAUGUCGGUAUUGUCGGACGUAUAUUAAUCCAUACGUGUAUUUGCCGGAUAAUCGGCAUUGGAAGUGCAAUUUGUGUUUCAGAGCGAAUGAUCGUGAGUUUUUAAAGAGUUUUUUAUUCGAUGUUUAGAUUGAAUGCUGAUAAAUUGAUGGCUUAUUUUAGUGCCGGACGAUUUCUGCUUUGAUCCGGUGGAGCGCCGGCCAGGAGAUCCUCGAAAUCGACCGGAAUUGAAUAAUGCGACCAUUGAGUACAUUGCGCCACAAGAAUAUAUGCUCCGACAUCCGCAGCCAGCCGUUUACUUUUUUGUUUUUGAUGUUUCAAUAGCUGCGGUGGAGUCCGGUAAGAUUUUUGUUUAUUUUUGCUUUUAGGCGUUUAUUUAGACAAUAUUUUUUUUCUUAAUUAUUUUUAUUCAUUUUAGGUUAUCUGAACAUUCUUUCCGAGCAACUGGCAAUAAAUCUGGAUAGAUUACCCGGUGACGAUCGAACCCUUGUCGGUUUCCUGGCCUUUGAUUCUAGUCUUCACUUCUUUGAAUUCUUUUCUUCGAGUUCCGCGGCCCGAGAAUUAAUUGUAACCGAUGUGGAAGCGUGCUUCAUCCCGACGCCGUCGGGACUUUUGGUCAACCUUAAGGAGUAUAAAGAAACAGUCCGAGCGUUCGUUAAUCGAAUACCAUCGAUAUUUGAACAUGGCCAAUCAAGAGACAGUAGCUUGGGAACGGCUUUGGAGACGGCGCAGAAGCUAAUGGUACAGAUUGGCGGAAGAAUUUCGCUGUUCACGGCCAGCAGACCUACUGUCGGCCAAGGGAUUUUGAAGCCAUUAGAUCCGCAAGCAAAGAAUCAAAUUGGCACAACCAGCGAUUUCUACAAGAGGAUGGCUUUGGAAUGCACGUCGAACCAAAUCGGCAUUGAUUUGUUUGCUUUCAACACGGAAUACGCGGACAUUGUGACGUUGGGUACGUUGUAUAGAAGCGGUUAUUGAUUUUGAAGAUUUUUUGCGUCGAAUUUAAUGUUUGUGGUUUUAUUUCAGCCGACGCCGUCAAAUUUAGCAGCGGAACUGUUUACCAUUUCGCGGGGUAUAAUCAUUAUCGAACACCCGUUGAAGUGGAACGAUUCAAGAAGCUCCUUUGCCGAUAUAUCACCAGGAAAAUUGGAUUCGAAGCGGUUCUGCGUAUAAGAUGCUCUAAAGGUAAGAUUUUUGUAACAUAUUUUGUUUUUUAGAGGAGAAAAGAAGAUAUUUUUGUGACUAUUUUAGGUCUGGCCCUCCACACAUUCCACGGCAACUUCUUCGUUCGCUCGACCGACCUCUUGGCUGUGGCAAACGUGAAUCCGGACAGUGCCUUGUCAGUUCAAGUACAAUACGAAGAGGACUUGACCAAUCAGACUACUGCUUCGUUCCAGGCAGCACUACUAUACACGUCGUCGAAGGGUACGCCUGAAUUUACUUUUUUUGCAAUUUCAAGUUGAGUUUUUAAACUUUUUGGAAUUAUUUUAGGUGACCGUCGGAUCCGAGUCCACACAUUCUGCAUCCCGAUCAGCCGAGACAUCCCCACAGUGUUUGGAACGUUCGAAACGAGAGCAUCGGUUGGAAUGUUGACGAAAAUGGCGGCAGAAAGGGCGUUAACCGGCACGGACCCGGCUGAUAUAAGAGAAGCCCUAAUUAAUGGAGUUAUGGACACAUUGUCGGCGUAUAAUAGGUCAAUCGGAUUGAAACCCAACAGUUUGUGUGCUCCAAUUCAUGGCCAACUCAAAUUCUAUCCAUUGUUCGUCCUAGGAAUGCUGAAACAUGUAGGUUUGGAGGAGUUGGUCAAGUGUAAUAUAAGAAAAGCGAUGACUUCAAUUUAUUUUUAAAUUCUAGCCUGUAUUCUCUGGAAGAUGCAAUUUAAACCGAGAUGAAUUGGCAUCCAUGCUGCUUCUCUUCAAAAACGCCUCCCUUGAACUGAUUCUAAAUGAGAUUUACCCAGCCUUAUAUCCGAUCCAUGAACUUGCCGAUUCAACUGAAGUUCAGAGGCUGGGAUUGACGUAUGAACGGAUCAAUAAAAAUGGUGUAUAUCUGAUGGAUGCGGGUCGGGUAAUGCUAAUCUAUGUAACUGCUCGUUGCCAUCCUGAUCAUCUGAGUCAUUUGUUUAAUGUUUCGUCGUUUGGACAUCUAGAAGAGGAUGUAAGUCAUGGUUUUUUAGUGGUGAUUUAGGGGGUUGGGAUAUGGCCUAUAAGAAUAUAAGUUAUAACUUUUAAUUUUAGUCCCGCUUUGAACAGCUCCCCAACGAACACAGCAAAAGAGUCCACGAACUGAUCAAGACCCUCAACCUGGAACGGUGCCACUUUGCCCCGCUGAUUAUAGUUCGGGAAGACGGCAAAAGACGGGACAUGUUCACAAGACGACUGGUAGAAGACCGAACAGAAAACGCUCACAGUUGCGUCGAAUUCAUACAACACAUCACUCGGGAAGUACAUCGGUAAACUGCUCGAGAAGCUGAGAUAAAAUUGUGAUAGUAAAAUGUCGGAAAUUGAAUAAUUUAUUUUUUCAACAUCCCCUUUAUGUUGUUCAUACAAUAUUGAAUAGUAUUAUAUUCAAGACAGCCUGAUUUCCAACAUUUUCGGCCAAAAAACACGGCCCUAUCUAGUAAAGCGAAGUGAAAACUUUCGUUUAUUUCGUAUUUUAUUUUUGUAUGCCAACUAGCUCAUUUGUACGGUUAACUAUUUGAUUGUUUCUUGUUCUUUCUUUUUUUUAUUAAAAUAAAUUACUUUCAUAAGAUUGUUGAGAUCUGUUGUUUUUUUUUGUGGGAUGGGUAAUGUAAUUUUUAUCGCGAAGGUGUUGCAAACAGUGUUUGGGAAGUUUAUAUCACCGCAAAAAAUGUUUUGACACGUUAUUUCCCUUUCCUUCCGGCUCCAAUCACCAAAUAAACGAUAUUUCUUACAUGUAUCAAAGAUUACACCCGAUAUCUCUCAUCGUAAAUCUCUCAUUGAGUGUAAAACACAUUUUUCACGCUUGAAGAGCCACUUCAAGGAGUCCAGAAAGGAUGUUGAAUAAAUUGGCAAAAGAGUAAAAGACGGAAAUUGCGCAUUUUUCCUCCUUGGUUAACUUGUGCAUAAAUUAGUUGGCUGGAUCGGAAGGGGACGAGGGAACGAUUAGGUUAUUUGGUUACCGUAUUCUUGAGUUUUUUGAUGCCUUUUCAAGUUGAGGACGUUUUUUUUGUGCUUUUGACGUUUUCGAAAUUCGCCGUUGGCACGUAAAUGCGAGUACAUUCCUUCUUGAAUGUAUAGUUCUGAGACUUUUUGUCAUUGUCGAAUUUACAAUCCCCCAUCUUUAUACCCUCCAAAUUUUCAUUUCUUUGAAAUGAGAUUGCUCAGAAAAUGGGAUUUCUUAGCGUGAGACAGCUCUUUGUUUAACGCCAUAUGUACUCUUAUUGCUAGAUGUCACAUACAUCAUCUAUAUGUUUCUUCCCAUAUUUCGGACGCAUCCAGAAAUGGAGUCAGAUUCGGGAGGAAUCCCCAGACGAGGAUUACGCGGAAUCAGUAGAGUUUCAUUGUUCUCGGCCGCCGCCUUUGGCCGUUCAUGUUUCAGGGUCCCGAGGGGGUCGCGUUUUUGGAAAAUCUCGUUUCGAAAAGUUUUAUUCAAAAAACGAAAGGAAGAAGAAUAGAAGUCUCCGCGCGCGACAUUCCCGAUGCAAACGGCCACGAUUUGGCGGCCAUAAAAUGGGCUUACUUUAUAUAAUAUGAUCUGAUGACAUGGCAGUAGGAGAUUCAUAGAAAGGGUCAAUGUUUCUGCCAUCAGUUUAUUUUUCAAGCUUUGAAAGAGGUUUGGGUUACUCGAUUGUAACUAAAUUUAAAUUUAUUUACAUACAUUGGGGCGGACCUUGAGGGAAUAAAGAAACACUCGGCUACUACAAUGUGAAGGGAGGGGGUUGGGUUACAUCCGGACCAAAAAACCGAUGGUCUGUGGACUAUAAGGAUUCUCCGAGGUCGGGUUUAUCCGAUAUGACAUGCUUAGUUAAUCCAGACAACCUUGGAUAUUGUACUAUGUCUACAACAAUGAGAUUUUAGAGAAUUACUUGUUUUCUGUCCUUAGAGAAUGUGCAGAGUACGGUAGCGUCCUCAAGCCCAAGUACAUUCCUUUGUUGGCCCAUUAUGUUUUUCGUUUUGCAUGCUUAAACAUUUGAACUCCUUAAAUUUGCUUGUUCUUAUGUUCGCCCCUCCAAUUUCCUCAUCCUCUGCAAGACACUACAUCUUAACGGCUUGAAAAUAAAUAAAUUUUAAUGCGCAUUUUUGGUGCGGGCCAGGGGGAUCGUGUUUUCGCCGAAAGAAGUUAUUCUUCCGUGGGUUGUUAUUCAUCCCGUGAAUGGCGAUUUUUUAUUUUUUAAGAGGCCGGAUGCAACCAAAUGUGGCCCAUUUUUCUCCCAUGUCCAAAAUAUCUUCUUACAUUUAUUUUUUGGAAGAAGGAAGGAGAUUUUGCACGGGGUUGUUUUUCGGCUGUGGGAUAAUGUAAAGUGCCUACGGCUAUAUUAUGUCUAGGGAGAGGGUUACGGAGGGUGGAUUUGAAUGGGUACAGAUUCAUGGUCCAAGUAUUGGUUAGACAAGGGGAAAACAUACAAAAAGUAGGUGUUGUUUUGAGAGCAAAAAUUGAAAUCAUGCUUUUAUGACUGAUUUUUUACAAUUUUUUUUGAUCUGUCUAUGCCAAUUUUAUUUUUUUCAAAUUUUCUGACCUUGUAGGGACAACAUAAUAUUCCCGUUCAAGUACAAUGUGAUUCAAGAAAGAUUUAGGAAGUUUUUGAUGCCUCUUUUAUGGUGACAUUUUACCUAUGUCACCUUUAUUCUAAAAAUUGUGGGGUUUGGUGAAAAAUAGUCAUCCUUGGAAAUGAGAUUUCAUAUACGCUAAAUAUCGUGUAUUCCUCGUCUAAGACUGAUUCUGUGUCAAGUUUCUUCAAGUUCUGCAAAAUUUAUCUUGCGUAAAUUAAUACAGCGUGCUCCUUUGAACUCGGAACGAAUGUUUUCUAGAAUGAGUGACAAGUUCCUGAACCUUCAUUUGCAUUCUUGCUAAUCCUUGUGUGAGCGACGUUUAAUCAACAUUCUUCGCAAAAACAUAUCCUUUUGCUGGGAAUGUUCACACUAUUCUCCCACGUGAUUUGUUAUAACCAAAUCUUCGUGAACACUUGAGCGUUCAAGUUGUUUUUGAUGCCCGGCUUCGUCUUUGACCCCACCAACGAGUUUAUUGUUGAUCUUUUUUUUAUCAUCUGUAUGUGCGCCGGGAUAGAAUUAUAAGACGCGGAUAUGGUCCAUGAGAAAAUUUAUAAUUCCUUUGGCGUUCUGAAUCCGUUUUUUUUGUGUAUUCCGGGCCGGACAAUUCGGGCCGAAAAGGAGAUAUUGAAAAACUUUGAGAAGCCUCAAAUGACUAGCCAAAAAAAUUGGGCCGGUUCUGCAAUUCGUCUCAACGACUAGCCAAAAAUUUAGAUUGAGUGUGCACUUCCUAAAAAUCUCCAGGAAAACAUAAAUAUUUACUUUUAUACUGUUGUUGUCAAGGCGCCAUUUUUUUCUUGAAUCCGAAGACUCUCGGCGUCGGAGCUGUUUUCCGCCGAAUCCCUGAUGUGUCCAAAACUAUUAGACGGCCCCCUAAUUUGAAUACACGUUGGGAUAAUUAAAUGUCACUCACGAAUUUCAAUUCCCUUAUCUGUCAGCGGCAGGGCUUUUCCGCAAACAUCUUCGCAUUUUAAGUGUUCUCGGCCCCGCUAAAUUUUUAAUUUUGCCCAAGUUUUUCUGGCACUUUAUAUAUAUGAAAAACGGAGACGGAAGUGUUCUACGGUAUCGGACGUCUUCAUAUGAAUAUUUUGUUUUUCUGGAACAGUGCAUGGAGGAUUGGUUGUAGGAUUGGAAUUGUUAGUGAGUGGGAAAAUGCUCGGCUUUUCCACUUACCCCGACGAUGUCAAGAACUCUUUAGACUCGAGUAUUUAUUUCAAGUUAUGGCGUCGGCUUAAUCCCUUACACCUUUUGUAAAUCAUUUAUUUUUUGUCAUCACCCUUCAAAACUUCAUUUGUAGUUUUGUAUUUUAUUUUAAAGGCCUUGAGGGCCUCCUAAAUAUUUUUUAAAUUUGUAGUCGAAAAUUUUAAUACGAAUAUUCUCCGUUUCUUUGCGAGUCUUAAACAUCUGCGGUCUAUAAAUUUUUAAUUUCUUUUUUUUUCAGAUGCUUCUCUUUUGCUUGUUACUGUAUAGCGCCUUUACGGUAUUUUCUAGCGCUUUAGAGCCCACUCGAGAGUUUCUAGAACUAAAUAAAGAACACAUUUUGCGGGUCUCUCCAUAUACUGGAGCUGCAUUUUAUGUAAUCAAAUUACCGAAGGAGAAUGAGCCGCUCUUUAUGUAUGUCACACCGUGCAGCUCGGCGGUUCACUGGCAACUCCGGAUACCCAAUCAGUUUGGUAAGAGAGCCUGCGUCAGCUUUAUAAAUAGAUAUAAUCUGGCCAUCUAAGACGCAAAGGGUAUAUUUGUCAUCAUCAAAAAGAUGAUAAAUUUUUUGAUGACUGGGACAGUCUUAGCCAGACGUAUACCGGCUGAAUACUAAAUAGUACCUAAUCUACUCUUCUUAUUUUUCUAUUUCCAGUCCUCGGCCCCUACUUGCCCUCGCACUCAGAGCAUUUCGACCACAUAUUGCACAUGCGAAUUCCACCGCUGAUUGAGUAUCGUGGCGACGUUGACUUCAAGGAUCACCUCAUUUUACUGGCCGGAGAAGAAAAUGACAAACGAAUGCAUUUCUACGCAAAUUCGAUUGAAGCCCAUUACGUUGUCCUCAAUAUGACCUCGGAUCAUUUCUCAGCAGCCAAGGUGUUCUUCAGCACCGAUCAGCAGACCUUGGACGAGUUCUAUCCCAACUUGGAUGAUCAUAAUCGCUUCCAUGUGGACGUGAAGAGCAAGGGGAAUGUCAACGAGGUCAGAAUUGAUUGGGUAAUCCCGGAAUUCGUGAAAUCAGAGCCUGGGAAGUACAAGUAUUGCCUGCUGAUUAGUGAUCAUGCUGACGAACAUUCAAUGUGCGAGCACUUCAACAUCGACACAGAAUAUAUCCAUUGCGCACAUGGCAAUGAAAGCGAGAUUACAAUACCUUCAUUACGGUAGGUUGAGAACACAGUACGGUGAUAAAAUGAGUGCAGAUCCGGAAAAAGGCACUUCCUAUCCAUGUUCCUGAUUAAUCAAAAGACAAAGGGAAAGACGGCUUUUGCUACGCAAGAAGUGUUCAUAAAGGACACAACAGCCAAGAAGAAGGUCGAGGAAAUCGGAUAUAGCAAUGUAAGUGAUAUUUUUGACAGGUUUUUUUACUGUAUUUCAACUCGUUCAGAACAUGACACUUUUGGAUUCGGCGCUCUCUGUGAAUUCCAUUCCAUUGCCUAAGGGUUCUUACGUCAACUACACCUAUAUUGCGUCACAGUCACCGCAGGCUAAUGAGGUAAGUUGUUUGAAAUUGAGAGAUUAUACAAAAUAAGUGAAAGUGCGACAAUUUUUCGAGUUUACGUACGAAAAGUUUCAGCUUUUUUUACUUGAGAAGGUAAUGUUCCUACGAAAAAUUAAAAAAAUCGUUGAAUAUUUUGAGUAAACGAAUGUGCCGUGCCUGUUAAAGUUUUGAGAAGUCGAUAUGUGACCAAGGCUUAAUGUGUGUCCAAUUUUGGAAGAAAAUGUGAGCGUCUCACUUGAGGCUCUUCCCUUGCUUGAAAACGUUUUCUAAAAUUUUGUUAUCCCGACUUUCAUCCAAUUCCACAACCCCUGUGUCAAAAGAAAUUUCUUGAAACUUUUUUCUCAAUCUGUCUCAAGUUUCAAAUCUCCCGGAGCUCCACUUUAACCUCUCUUUUUUCAGUUCAUCCUUCUCAUCAACGCUUGCAACGGCUACGUUUCCUGCGAAGUCAUCCGCAACAACUCUCUGAUCUACAAAGCCGCCGAUUUCAUCGGAUUCAAGCGGUACGUGAUUUCGGCGCGGUUCCUGAAUUCGCCCAAUUUUUCAGAUUUGUCAUCAAGACCGGGAAGGAUGACAUAAUUAAAAUCAACGUGAUCAACAGCGAUCACGUGAAUGUCCGGUAUUGGAUAUGGGCUUCGGCGAAUGAAGAGAACUCUCCGUUUCCAUCGCUCCCAUUCGACCGGAGUAUUCGACUGGUCGAGCGACAAUGCAACGCCGUGAAACUGGAAUGGCUGCGGGCGAAUGACGAUGAGAAUACGCGGUAUUGUGUGCAUAUUCGGGUGGGUUUGAAAGCUUGACUAUAAAUGAAAAAAAUCAGAAGCAUGAAAAUGUUCUUUGAAUUUAUUACGCUGACAGAAAAAGUGCUCGGAAUGCAAUGCGCUCAGAUUUUCUUUAGAUUUUACGUACAUCGAGCAUAGCCAGGUAUAAAUUCCUGAAAGUUCUACUUAGGGCGUUGUCUGUGAACCCUAUUUAUUCAACAAUCCUUGCUGCUGAGAGAAUACACAAAAUUCAGAGAGCGGCCCGAGAGAAAAACGAGUUUUCGGAAUGUGUUUGCCAAUUACAGGCGAAAAAAUUUUUUUUCUGGUAACAUUUCCGUCUUCACUAGAAUCUGACGAUGGAGCAUUUAGAACACUUCCCUGUUAGGUCUCUAGCAUCAUCUAAUGUCAGGCCAAACAGAUAGAUUCUUCCAAAAAUCUCAUCUACCUAUGGCCACCCCCCAGCCCUCCGGGUAGUCUUUGAGAUUUGCUGCCUAUAUGCGUCCACUAAACACUAAAUUAUUUCCAGGAGAGCAGAAAUGAUUACCUAACCGACAUGGUCAACGAGCCCUCUCAAAUGUGCUGGUCCCAAAUGCCGGUUGGCCGGAAAGUUGUCUGUGUGCUCCCCAAUCAAAUGACGUCAUCGGAUCUGCAUAGCCCUGGGUUCUUGAAUCUUGGAGCCACAGUUGAUUCUCUCAAAAAUUCAACAAUGUAUCGAUUUGAUUUGUCGGUCCAAAGAAUGGACCGAAAAGACGCCCAGCCCUUGCCUUAUCGACCGAUCUUUGUGCGGACCUUGAAAGAUUGUUAG